AUGUUCAGACAGCCAGCCCAACCCCUAUUAAUGGAAUUGCCUCAUCAUAUUCAUGGUAAAUUGGCAAGCGAACAUGUUGUCGAAACUGUAGCCCAAGUGCAAUACGAUGAGCAUGAUGCACGCUCAUUGCAUUUGCAAACACUCCGCAAACAGCUGGCAAUGGUUGGUCAAGAACCCGUACUGUUCAAUUACUCGAUCCGUGACAAUAUAUCGUAUGGUUACGACUCGUGCACUUUUGAGGACAUAAAAAAAGCAGCAAAAAUUGCCAAUAUUCACGAUGCUAUCGUCAGUAUGCCUGAGGUAUUGGCCGAAUUUUGA